UCAAACACCACUCAACAGCGUGCGUCCUUCACUCGAUUGUCCUUCAUCCUAAUUCUUGUUCUUACUCUCAUCAUCGUCCUACAGCAUGGCCGAAGGCAGCAACUACGACUAUCUCUUCAAAGUUGCCCUUAUUGAUGACUCUGGCGUCGGGAAAUCAAACUUGCUUUCGCGCCCUGUUAUCGUUAAGCAUGUAACCUACGUCAACGUCACAAGAUGGCUGAAGGAACUGCGGGAUCUUGCCGAUGUUCAAACAUUAUCAUGCUGGUGGGAAGCGAGAGCGACUUGAAGCACUUGAUGGCAGAUGUAUCCAGCGCUGAACGUUAACGC